UCCUGCUGCUGUUCCAGGAAGGGAUUUACUGUUUUCAUUCAAUUAGUGUCCAUGUGGGCGUCUGGUUCAAAAUAUUACGAUUUGCAGGCUCAUCACUGGAAUCUCCACAGUGAACGACGAUAGUACGGCUAUACUGCAUGCAGACUUUUACAAAAAAAAGAAGGAAAGAAAGAAACAUUUGUGUCAACCUUUCUUUGAACAAAAAGAGCAACAGUGGCAGAUACAUGGAGAAGCCUGAGUUCGAUUUCAAGAGCUGUCCAGAUUGUGAGGUCUGGGUAAGAAAAGAGGAGGAUAAGAAGCAGCUUGUGAUGCUUCAGCCUGGAGAGACGGAGGAGAACAGGGGAGAGGCCAGCAGCAGCAGCAGCAGCAGUACUCUGGAGAACCUGGGAGGCCCUGGGAUAGCGGAUGGAAAUCAGAGGAAGACUCCCAGUUUGGGGAAGACUGUUCGAUUCCAGGUGCCUCCAGAGACAGUCACCACGGCAGCUGUGGGGGCCUCUGAGGGCAGCUUUUUCCAGGGGUAUGAGCUGGAGGAUCUGGCUGUCUCCAGUUUGAAGGAUUUCUUUGAAUUCGAGGACUGGCUGGAUAUAACAGAUGACAAGUUGCUGAGAAAGAAGGUUCUGAUGCCGGGGAUGGGGGUGUGUUCCCAGCCGAUAUCAGGUCAGGAGGUCACAGUGAAGGUACAGGGGAUGCUGGAGGAUGGGACCAUCAUAGAGAAAGACCCCAAGCUGACAUUUGUCAUCGGAGACAGGGAUGUGAAUCAGGCUCUGGAGCUGUGCGCCCCUUUGAUGCAGAAGGAUGAGAUUGCUUUGCUCAUCACCAGUGCAAAGUAUGCCUACGGCCAGCGAGGCAGGCUCAACAAAAUUCUAUCAUCCCCCUGGGAGAAACAUGACGAGAGGGCAGAAACAAAAAACUUUGGGAAGUCUGUUGCUAGGCAAUGA